UGAAUCCUCCUUUGUAGUACGAAGUAUAUGUUUUGAAUUGACUAAUGUAUUGUGGUAUGGAUGUAUUUUCUCUUCACGUGACCAAGAUGGCAUCAAGAAAAUUUUGGUUGAAAAAAAAAAAUAUUUAUAAAGAGCAUCUAACUUAACUACAAAUCAAUCAAAUUAUAGUUGAAAACAUUACUUAUAAACAUCCAGUUCUCAUAAUAAGAAUAUAUAUAGACAAUGGCUGGAGAUCCGUUUUUAUCAGAUCCUAAUAGGAAACGAAAGCGUUCAUCGAAAAUAACAAGUACUUCCCGAAAACCAACUAAUAAGAAGAGUAGAAGUAGUACUCCAUCUACAAAUAAGAAUAAUAAUAAUAAUUAUGAUAAUGAUAAUGAUGAAGAGAUAUCGGGAGGAAGUGAGACUGAAGAUGAGCAAGGAAAUGUGUCUGUUGACUCUGGAGAUGAUAUUGGAGGAAGAGAUGAAGAAGAAGUUUCAUCAGAUGAAGAAUUUGCUGAUGAAAAUGAAGCUGAUAGAAGAAGAAGAUUAGCCAAACAAUAUUUACAAAAUUUAAAUGAAGAAUUAAAUGAUGGAGAUGAUAACGAUUUCGAUGCCAAAGAUCUUGAUGAUGAUAUAGUGGGUAGACGUUUACAAGUUGAUGUGGCUGAAAAUAAAGGUUAUGUAUAUAAAUUCAUUGGUGAUAAAAUAUCAACUCAAAUCGAUGGAGAUAUUCCAUUAACUACUACUAGAAUAGGGUCAAAACAUUUAACUGCAUUAUCGGUAAGAUAUCCAUAUUUAUAUACUGUUUCCAAAGAUUGUGAAUUAAUAAAAUGGGAUAUUUCCAAAAAGAAACCUCAAAGAAUAAAACAUAGUAAAGGAGGUGAAAAAUAUUUCAAAAUUAAUCCAAUAACAAAUGCUAAUCAUCAUUGGGAUCAAAUCACUUGUGUAGCUACUUCAUUUGAUGGCAAAUAUGUGGUGACAGGUGGUACUGAUUCCAGAUUAAUCAUUUGGUCUACUGAAACUCUUUCAUGUUUAAAGGUUUUAGAAACUAGAUCUGCGGUUAAUUCUAUAACUUUUAGAAGAAAUAGUGAUCAAUUAUAUGCUGCAUGUGCUGAUUUAAGAAUAAGAACUUAUUCUGUAAAUCAAUUCACUCAAUUAGAAAUAUUAUAUGGUCAUCAAGAUAAUAUUACUGAUAUAUCCGCUUUAGCAAGAGAAACAUGUGUAUCAGUUGGAUCCAGAGAUAAAACUGCUAUGUUUUGGAAAAUUGCUGAAGAAUCAAGAUUAACUUUCAGAGGAGGGGAUUCAACUGAAAAGAGAAAAAAGAAGAAGAAGAAGGAUGAUGAUAUUAUAGAUGAAGAUGCUAAGGAAGAAUUACCAUUUCAUUAUGAAGGUUCAAUGGAAGUUGUAUCUAUGCUUGAUGAAUCUCAUUUCGUUACUGGAUCAGAUAAUGGUAAUGUAGCAUUAUGGUCAUUGGCUAAGAAGAAGGCAUUAUUUACUGAAAGACUUUCACAUGGUUUGCAACCUCAAUUUUCAGCUUCAAAAGCAAGUGCUGAAACUUCAAUAGAAAAAGCUAGUCAACAAAUACCCGAACGUCAACCAUAUUGGUUAACUGCUAUUCAUGCAAUUCCAUUCAGUGAUGUAUUUUUAACUGGUUCAUAUGAUGGAAAUGUCAAAAUAUGGAAGAUUGAUGAUACAAAUUUAAGAUCAUUUUCAUUAAUUGGUACUAUAACUAAUAUUAAAGGAUGUGUUGUAAAGAUUGAUAGUGCUGAAAUUACAGAUAAAAAGAAAGUUGCAGUAUUUGUCUUAACUAGUAAAGAACAUAAACAAGGUAGAUGGUUUAAUAAGAUUGAAGGGGCCAGAAAUGCCUUACAUUCAUUCACAUUCGAUAUAUAAUCCCUCUCAUUUGCAUAAAUAUAUGUAUAUAUAACUUUUAGCAUUUUUUACAUACAAUACAUGAAAAAUUAAAAUAGAAAGAAACAUUAAUACAACGA